AUGCAAACCACCAGCGAGAAAGAAAAGCAUGAAGUUGUUCCUCGAGAGGAGGUGGAAACCAUUGGAGGCAGCGCAGAGCAGAAGCAGGAAAUUGCAGGCAAGCCCAUCACCCCGCAAGACGCGGCUGAAGCCAAAUCAGAAGCAAUGAUGGCUGGAGAGCCAACAGGCAAGGGAAGCCUGCCAGCACGAAUGGAGGCAGCAGCCGCGUUCAACGUGAGGGAGCACGUGGUGCCACCUGUGGGGACCAAGGAGACAGGCACAGAGCGGGAUAAGCGUGUGGGCAAGGGCGAGGGAAAGAUUGACCAUCGCCACAUAGAGCAUGGGGGAAAAAAGUAUGCGUAG